CUUCUCUCGCCCCCGUACCGGCGCCGGGAUCAGAACAACACUUCGGCCAGGUUCAUUCUCUCUUUUCCCAAUACAAACUCCCCGGGAUCUCGUGUUCACUUCUGGUCAAUGGGUGCGGGGCCAUUCCGUCGUUCGGAAAGUGAAUACACGAAAAAGUCACGGACAACUCCUGGGUCAUGAGCCAAUUGUGUGUGGUAUUUUCCCCAGCUUUGGUCAAUCAAUCCGGCGAGCAUUACCUGUUCCUGAUAAGCAUCGGCCUCCAGGGUGCGAAUCAUGGCUCCAGAUGAAGCUCUGGCCUCAACCCCAUUCCCCCUGACAGCGCUUGACCGGGAGAUAUUGUCUAUGAGCGAUGACGACUUUCACCCACACACCUGGGAAGAACUGAAACAGAUCAUUGCUGAAAAUAAUCUAAGCCUCUUCAAAAGAUGGCCUUCAGAUCUGAGACGGUACAUCAAGUGGUCUGCUGAGACCAAGGCAGCUUAUGGCACAAUCCCAAACUUCAUAAUGAGGGAGAGGCUCAAAUGGGCGCCGUUACCUUCGUCGACUGCUCAGACUGGCCCAUUAUUUGCCAUCGAGAGUCCCAUCCCAUUUGCUCAUGAAGCAGAUUACAAGAUCCUGGUCAACGACUGGCCAUAUGGUCUAGCUAAGGGCAUUCGACACAUUAUCGUCUGGCUGAAGGUCAGGCUAGAGUCUGAAUCCACCCGUGGUGACAUGACGCCAAAAUCUAGACAGCAGGUGGAGGACUUCAUACAAACCAGGUUUGUUGAUCGAGUGAAUGAUCUACCAGGUCCAGCCGAGAAAGUCGUCUGGUUCAAGAACUGGACAGCCUUGCAAUCUGUCCCGGGCAUGGAGCAUGUGCAUGUGCUUGUGAGAGAUAUUCCAGACGACAUCAUUGAAGAAUGGACCGGUGGCGUGGAACCACUAAAUGUAUAGACCUAGUGACUUUCAGCAAAGGAUUCUGCAAGUAGAAUAGAGAAUCUGACGCCCUCCGGAUAGGUUGC